AUGCUCUAUAUGAUAAAGACCUUUUGGGCGGCAACUUUGCCAAGUUAUCAGGCUUUGGGGCGAAAUCGUUUUUGCAAUGAGUUGCAUCAUGUACGAACUUGGAGCGUGACCCGCUUUCGUGGCCUCAUUAACACCAAACCUAGCUCCACACCACUAGCCUCCUUCCAUGUAACUGCUCUUGAUGAAACCGAACCAAGGCAGCUAACUGAUUCUGUUUUAGAGUCUGCCUUCGUUUGUAACCUUAAGCAGAAACAACGGCAGGAGCAGCAAAGGCAGCAGCAGCAGCAGCAGCAGAACACGUCUCAAUCUGGUCUCCCUCAUUCCCAUGUAGCCCAUUUGGGCAGGUCGAAUUCGGCAGUGGCUCAUCAGCCAAGCUUAGAGGCCAAGUAA